GUAAGGGUUGAGGGGAUAAAGGAGCCCUAAAGACUACAAUUGUAGACUAAAAAGGAAUUAUUAGCUCAAUAGAACCUCAGCUCAAAACCUAUUAGCCCAUUGUACCCUUCUAUGGGACUUAUCAAGUAGAGCUCGUGUCCUUCUGAUGUUAGUAUCCAAGUAAUGCGAUCAGUGAUAGUAGUGUUGUGGAGUGACUGCAUAUGCAGACUCGCCGUGGAGUACAAGCCUCUUACCACAUUCCAUCUACCUGCGGCGUGCUUCCAUGCAGGGAUUUAAACAGGUCAUAUAGGUUGUAUUAUCGAUGUGAGGGCGAGGCUGCGUGCUUGUGGUGGGGUGGUGGGAGCUUUCUCAUGACUCGAAUUUCCACUCUUCUUAGACAUACUACUUGAACUACUUUUUGUAUGAGCCUUUUGUAUAGGAAUAGGAGCAUAUUGGACAAACAAUUACGAGUAGCACUAUCUUAUGGUUCUUGAAAGCAUUAAAAUCCUAUAUGAUGUUUUUCAGGGAUAUUUUCAAGAAAGACGCUUAUCAGCCACUCUUUAAUAAAGUAGAGGAUGAUUUCAAUGAAUCCGCUAGCGAAACACCAAUACCUCGAACACCGAAGCCAACGACACUGGUUUACCCUCAAAAGUUUUUAAUUGUUUCAUGGGCUGUUAUCUCCGCUGUGGUUGGAUUUACCACUGGAGUCCUUCUUGUGGCGAGCAUCUUGCAUAACAGAAAUGGCCAUUCAUCUAAACAUGGAGCAUCCCAUAUACAACUUCCAAUCAUUCUACGUAAUUUUGUCUACUCUUCACCAUUUUCCCGAGAACCUCCACAGGGUGAGGAAUCAGGGACAACGUCCCCGUCCGAACCAGUCUGGGAUGCAUUGGUACCAAACGGUCUAGGAUACUUUCAAGAUGAUCAUAUAGCGCCGCACGUCUCUAUACCGACAGUCAUCCACCAGUUACACUGUCUAUACAUUAUACGACGUAGCUUCUAUUCUCGGUCACAGGACCUCCAGGAGUUCGACUUCGGCAAAAAUCGUACACUACACGUCUCCCACUGCUUUGACUAUCUCCAGCAAGGCCUGACAUGCUCGUCAGAUACGACAAUCGAGCCCACUGUUAAUGUUUCUGACCCAAAUGGAUUUCUUGGCAGCGGCUUCUUGCGGGAAUGCCAUGACUACAACUCUUUGAAACAGUUCCUGGAGGAGCGGAGAGUGUUCAAUGCCACCGGAUUCUUAGCACAUGGGCUUGAUCAUGGCCACAUCCAUCUCGAUAUUAGUUGAAUUAGACCAUAGGUUUCGAGAGGCGCUAGAUGUGGACACUGACAAUAAACGUUUGGCGAAUGGGCGACUAUGGUUUCAGGUAAAAGGUUAAGGUCACAGUUUCUGGAUGGACUCGGAAGGUUCUAUGUCUUCAUUACCGAUCUGGGAAAGUAUAGAUUUAGUAAUUAUUCACCCUACGAGCUGUUUGGAGACUAUUUCACAUCUUGUCACAUUUCUUGACCAAAGCUUACAUGGUGAGAACAUUUUGAUUCCUUGGAGAAGCAUUUAUAAGUAGUUUCAGACACGAACCCAUUAUAAUGCUAGGUGGACACAGAUGGUAUCCAUAGUAGGACCGCGCCACGAGUCUUAGCCAGAUCCUUUCUUCCCAUUUUGGGGCCCCUAAAAACGUCUUGCCUUGGCAUCGUCCUCUCCACGAACUUUUAGAUGAACCCCUGCUCCCCAAAUUUGACCCGAAUAAAACGAAGACCAGAGCUAUGGCUGACUACACGUCAUAUAAGAACCACAAGUCCGAUUCAACCACUGAUACCAAAAUCCGUACCUAGGUUACCCAGUGCGACUACCUUGGUUAGAAGCUGGCCAGCUGAGCUGGGCCAGACGAGGUCUAUAUACGUGAGAGGCGUCCAGAAGAGCGUAUAUUCAG